AUGUCUGAGACUAUUGAAGGUAACGUUAAGGUUGAUAGACUGUCUGUUGGUGACGGAAAGACUUUCCCAAAAGCCGGUGACUUGGUGACUAUCCAUUACACUGGUACCUUGGAGAACGGCCAAAAAUUCGACUCUUCUGUCGACAGAGGUUCUCCAUUUCAAUGCAACAUUGGUGUUGGUCAAGUCAUCAAGGGCUGGGAUGCAGCUAUUCCAAAAUUAUCUGUUGGUGAGAAGGCCAGAUUGACCAUUCCAGGUCCUUACGCCUAUGGUCCUCGUGGUUUCCCAGGUUUGAUUCCUCCAAAUGCCACUUUGAUCUUUGACGUGGAGUUGUUGAAGGUUAACUAG